AUGGUGUGUGCGCUACCAAGAAGCAGUGGUGUAGAGGAGCUGAAAGAAUUUAUCCAUGAAGAGUCACAGGAGACCUGCCCUGAUUCAGCAGGUAGCACUGGUGUCAUGGGGACUGCGCUAGAGAGAGAAACAUUGAUCUUUUACAGUGAUAUCAGGGUGGUAACGUUAAUGCUAGGCUUUUCUCAGUCAUUUGCGGGUGCCUGUGGACUUCCUGAGGCAGAGGGACUUGGAAAAGGAGUCUGCAUGCGGAGUGUGUGGGUUCUGGCCCACUCAGUAGAUAACCACAUACCGAGAACCGACCCCAAUUGGGACCCUAAUGAUAACCAUGAUUACCGAUUAUUGAAAAAAUAUCAAGAAUGGAUAAAAAUUGGUAUCGAGAAUGCAGUACCGAAAGCAGUUAACUGGUCAAGCUUGUACGCAGUAAAACAAGGUCAGACUGAAACUCCCACAGAGUUUCUUGACCGGUUAAGAGCAGCAAUGCGGAAAUAUACUACAUUAGACCCUGUUUCUGAGGUAGGGAAACAGCAGCUAGUCUCUUUGUUCUUGGGACAAUCCUCAGAGGAUAUAAGAAGGAAACUUCAGAAAUUAAAAGAGACAGAGAUAAGGGAUUUAGAAAAGUUGAUAGAAGAGGCCUGGAGAACGUAUCGGAAUAGAGAAGGGGAGGAGAGACGAAAAAUGAGAACGGCUAUUGCCGCAGCUACAGUAGCCGCGCUGGGAAGACAGGAUAACUCCCUUCAAAAGGAAAUAAUCGAUAGGUUCCUACAGUAUAAAAUAUUAAUUGAAUGUGAAUCAGAAUACAAUACCCCCAUACUGCCAGUUAAAAAGGCAGAUGGAAAAAGUUAUAGGUUAGUCCAAGAUCUGAGAGCUGUAAAUAAGAUUACUGAAGAUAUACAUCCAGUAGUUGCAAACCCAUACACUUUGUUAACAAAACUAAAAGAUAACCAAGUUUGGUUUACCGUACUGGAUUUGAAGGAUGCUUUUUUUUGCCUGACCCUAGCCACAGAAAGCCAGAAUUUGUUUGCUUUUGAAUGGGAAAAUCCUGAAACUGGAAGAAGAACUCAGUUAACAUGGACAGUAUUACCACAAGGGUUUAAAAAUAGCCCCACUAUUUUUGGAAAUCAACUGGCAAAAGAACUUGAAACUUGGGUACCUCCGGAUAAUGAAGGGGUUUUGUUACAGUAUGUAGAUGAUCUCUUAAUAGCUACUGAAACCAGAGAAAGUUGUAUUCAAUGGACUGUGAAUCUUCUUAAUUUUUUGGGUUUGAGUGGAUAUCGAGUCUCUCAACAGAAAGCUCAAUUAGUCCAGCAACACGUGACCUACUUGGGACUCGUAAUCUCGGGAGGACAACGGGAACUUGGGACUGAACGAAAAGAGGCCAUUUGCCAAACUCCGGAACCCCAGACGGUGAAAGAGCUGCGGACCUUCUUAGGGAUGACAGGUUGGUGUCGCCUUUGGAUACAUAAUUAUGGAUUAUUGGUAAAGCCAUUAUAUGAGCUGAUAAAGAAAAACCAGUCAAAAUUAAUUUGGACUGGAGAAACACGAAAUGCAUUUAAACAGCUCAAACGAGAGUUAAUGAGAGCUCCUGCUCUUGGACUGCCGGAUGUUUCAAAACCAUUUUGGCUGUUUUCUCAUGAAAGACAAGGAAUAGCCUUGGGAGUACUAGCACAAAGACUUGGUCCCUAUAAACGGGCAGUAGCUUAUUUCUCCAAACAGCUGGACGAGGUGAGCAGAGGAUGGCCUGGUUGCCUUCGAGCUGUCGCAGCAGUUGUUAUCAAUAUUCAAGAAGCCCGAAAGUUUACCAUGGGACAGAAAAUAACAGUGCUGGUCUCUCAUACAGUUUCAACGGUCUUGGAACAAAAAGGAAGCCAUUGGCUCUCGCCCCAGAGAUUCUUAAAGUACCAAGCAGUGUUGAUAGAACAAGAUGAUGUAGAAAUUGUGGUUACUAACAUUGUCAAUCCAGCCUCUUUUCUUAGUGGGACUCUGAAUGAACCAGUGACACAUGAUUGCAUAGAAACAGUAGAAGCUAUAUAUUCCAGUCGACCAGACCUCAAAGAAGAACCUCUGGAGGAUGCUGAAAACUCCUGGUAUACCGACGGGAGUAGUUUUAUAAAGCAGGGACAACGUAAAGCAGGAUACGCAAUCACAACCACCCAACAGAUCUUUUCAGGACAACCCCUGGAGGAGAAAUGGGAUGGCCCCUAUCAAGUGUUACUGACGACCUUCACUGCCAUUAAGAUCAAGGAACAGCCGGCUUGGAUUCACUAUUCGAGAGUGAAGAAAGCACCUGAGAGGCCAUGGACGGUCACCUCUACAGGACCCACAGGUCUGCGAUUUUCCAGAUCAUGAU